UACCUAUAUAUAACGAUGAUAGAGUUUUCAAAAAUAUUUUAUUUCUCCAUUAUUUUUGCAGAGGAAGACUUAGAGGGCAAAACAGAGGAAGAAAUCGAAAUGAUGAAGUUAAUGGGAUUUGCCUCUUUUGACUCCACAAAAGGGAAAAAGGUGGAUGGCUCUGUAAAUGCCUAUGCCAUAAAUGUGUCUCAGAAGAGGAAGUACAGGCAGUAUAUGAAUCGAAAAGGCGGAUUCAACAGACCUUUGGAUUUCAUUGCAUGAGAACUAAAAUGUUAAAGAAUGGUUUUUUUUUCCUCAUCUUGCUCAGAAGAGUGGAUUUUGUAUUUCGUAUUUAAUAUUCAUAAAAAAACAUGAUCACAGUCUUUACUCCCUGUAAAAGUAAGAAAAUGUUAUUUAUGAUGUGUGCAUUUCACUUACCCUGACUCAAAAAAAGAAAGGUUAAUAUUUUUUCCUUUUAGGAAAUGUCAUUUGGGGCAAUCAUCAACCCCAGUUUUUUGUUUUUAUUGUUGUGGAAGCUGUGUAUGUUUUCUUCUUGGAUGCUCGUUAGGACUUUUGAAAACAUAUAAAAGUAAUUUGGAUGUAAGUUUCUCAAAUAAAGCAAUAUUUCUACCCUUUUGUAUUUGAUAAAUAUUUUUAUUACUAAAUAAAAUUAUCCCCCUACACAUUUUCUUUUUUCCUACAUAGAUUUAUAUUUCAUUAGUAAUUUAAAAAUAACUAGAUUUUUGUAUCUUCUGUGGUUCUUGCCCCAACUAUUUACCCCAUUUUUUACCUUUCCCCCAGUUAUUAUUUCCCUCAUUUAUUUUUUCCCCUUUUCAAAAGCAGUACAUGCUUAUUAUAUAAAAACUUAGAAGAAAUCAAAAACUAAACAGAAAGGCAAAAAUCGCCUAUAAUCUACCCCCAGAAAAAUCAAUAUUUUGGUAUAUGUCUUUCCAGCCUCUAUGGUGUAUAUUUAUUGACACCACCCAUGGUAGUGGAAUUUAUAUGCUGUUCUCUUGCUAAUCUUUUUUCUCCCAUGUACUGUGAACAUUUUUUAAUAUUCUUAGAUGUUCUUUAGAAACUUUUAGUAUCUACUUGGUUGUAUAAUAAUUUAUUAACUAAUCUUUUAUUAGUAAACAUUGGCUUCCCUCCCAUGACUUGCUGUUUUAAUUAAAACUGAGUAGUAUCCCUGUUACAUAUA